AGGCACUGAGGGGUCGGUAAAAUGAACUUCAAAUCUGUAAUCUUCAAGCAAGAGGGAAUUUGCAGAAACAAAGAAGCUGAGAGGGGUACGUGUGCUUGCUUGUGAGUCCUCACUCGCUCGGAGAGUACCUGAAAAUAUUGGUGCUGAUAGUUAGUAGUACUGGUUGUGCUAGCUAUAUAAGUUUACUCACAAAAAAAAAAAAAAAAAAACAAAAAAGUAGAAGAAGAAGCGAGCUAGCUAAGUAUUAAUGGAGUUGGGUUCUAUCUGCAACGUCUUGCUGGGCAUAUUUGGAGUUUUGGUGGUCCUGAGAUGGGUUGUGAAGAAUGCAAACUGGUGGCUGUACGAAACCCAAUUGGGAGAAAAGCAGUACUCUCUUCCUCCAGGUGAUAUGGGUUGGCCCUUCAUAGGGAACAUGUGGUCCUUCCUCUCUGCCUUCAAGUCCAAAGACCCUGACUCUUUCGUUGCCUCCCUUGUUUCCAGAUUUGGACAAACUGGAAUCUAUAAGGUCUUCAUGUUUGGGAAUCCGAGUGUCAUAGUUACCUCACCUGAAGCAUGCAGAAGAGUAUUGACAGAUGAUGAUUGCUUUAAACCUGGUUGGCCUAAGUCCACUGUUGCACUCAUUGGAAAGAAGUCAUUUAUUGGCAUUUCUUUUGAAGAGCAUAAGCGUCUCCGGCGGCUAACAGCUGCUCCAGUCAAUGGUUAUGAGGCAUUGUCAAUGUACACUAAAUACAUUGAAGAAAUUGUAACAUCUUCCUUGGACAAAUGGACAACAAUGGGAGAAAUUGAGUUCUUGACUGAACUGAGGAAGCUUACUUUUAGGAUAAUUAUGUACAUUUUUCUUAGCUCAGAGAGUGAGCACGUAAUGACGGCCUUGGAGAGGGAAUAUACAACACUUAAUUAUGGAGUUAGAGCCAUGGCAAUUAAUAUUCCAGGAUUUGCUUAUCAUAAAGCACUCAAGGCUCGAAAGAAUCUUGUGGCUACAUUUCAAUCUGUUGUGGAGGAUAGAAGAAAUCAAAAGAAGGUUUCUGUUCCCACAAAGAAGAAAGAUAUGAUGGACGCUUUGAUAGAUGUUGAAGACGAAAAUGGUAGAAAAUUGACUGAUGAGGACAUCAUAGAUAUUCUAGUGAUGUACUUGAAUGCAGGUCAUGAGUCAUCAGGACAUACCGCAAUGUGGGCUACCAUUUUCCUAAACCAGCACCCAGAAUAUCUUCAAAAGGCAAAGAAAGAGCAAGAGGAAAUCGUAAGGAAGAGGCCACUAGAGCAGAAGGGGUUGACACUGAAAGAAAUUCGAGAAAUGGAAUAUCUUUCUAAGGUGAUUGACGAAACACUUCGUGUGAUAACAUUUUCCCUGACAGUUUUCCGAGAGGCAAAAAAAGAUGUCAAUUUAGCAGGUUAUACCAUUCCCAAAGGUUGGAGAGUCCUAGUGUGGUUUAGGAGUGUUCACCUAGAUCCUGAAAUUUAUGAGAAUCCAAAGGAAUUUAAGCCUUCCAGAUGGGAUAAUUUUACACCCAAAGCAGGAGCCUUCCUUCCUUUUGGAGCAGGAAGUAGAUUGUGCCCGGGAAAUGAUCUUGCUAAGCUGGAAAUUUCUAUUUUCCUUCACCAUUUUCUCCUUAAUUACCAGCUUGAACGGCUUAAUCCUGGAUCCCCAGCAAUGUACUUACCACAUACAAGGCCAGUAGAUAAUUGCUUGGCCAGAAUCAAGAAAUGUCCCUCUUCUUCUGUUUAAGGACAAAAGGAGAGUGGAAGCAAAAAUAAAACAUGUUCAUGUCGUCGCGGAAUUAGGAUUAAAGAGUGCUCUUUUCAAGUUUAUCUUAGUUCUGAUCGCAUCCCUGGAUGCUUAUUAUUAGAGUUAAUUAAAAGGCUGGUUAACUUAAGAACAAAGUGUCUCAAGUGCUUGGACUAUUUCACAUCUAACAAUGUUUACACUCUUCCACAUCAUGUGUUAGAUGUAGACACUUCAUGUGAAAUUAUGGACAUCAUGUGAAACAUUUCAUAUCUGAAAGUGUGAAACAACAAUACUUCGAAUACCUAAACUUAGGUUCUAUUUGAGCGGGUGGAAGUGGAAUCAAGAAAAACCCACCCAUCAGUGUGAUGUGAAAGCUUGCUUGAUCCUCUUGCUUCCUUUGACUGCUCCCCUGACUGGUCUAUUGCCAAUAUAAUUAGCAAGAUUUUAUGUGUCGAAGAAUCUUUUCUUAGCUGUCUUGUCUGUUGGGUCAAAAGAGAAUGUAACUCGGUUGCUCAUGCAGCUGCUAAAUUCUCCCUUAGGUCAUUUGAGUCUUUUUGUUUUAAUAAACUCAGUCUUCCAAAGGUCUUAUGGACUGCUUGUGAGGUAGACUGUAGUUCUUUCUUUUCAGUUUGAAUAAAAUUGAAGAUUAUGAAAAGAAAAGGAAAAAAAAGGAGAAAGAAAAACCC